AUGAGAGAACGCGGGAAGAAGGGCAGGAGCCCCAAACACGACCUUUUCCAUGUUAUUCACAAGCUUCCUUAUGGAGAUACUCCUUAUGUCAGGGCCAAGCAUGCUCAGCUGGUGGAGAAGGACGCAGAAGGGGCCAUAGCAUGGUUCAGGGAGGCAAUAAGAGCGGGGGACAGAGUGGGGAGUGCUCUCAAGGACAUGGCGGUGGUGAUGAAGCAGUUAGACAGAGCCCAGGAAGCCAUUGACGCCAUCCAAUCCUUCAGAUCCCUUUGUUCUCCCCGUUCCCAGCACUCACUCGACAAUCUCCUCAUCGACCUCUACAAGAAAUGCGGAAGAACAGAGGAGCAGAUACAACUGCUCAAGAGAAAAUUGAGAUUAAUAUACCAAGGCCAGGCCUUCGACGGCAAGCCCACAAAAACUGCUCGCUCUCACGGCAAGAAAUUCCGAGUUUCCAUCAAGCAAGAAACUGCCCGAUUACUGGGAAACUUGGGGUGGGCCUACAUGCAGAAGGGGAACUACGUGAUGGCGGAGGCCGUGUUUAAGAAGGCGCAGAUGAUAGAGGCAGACGGGAACAGGGCCUGCAAUUUGGGGCAGUGCCUCAUGAGGCAGGGCCGAUACGAGGAGGCCCAAUGUGUUCUUGAGGAAGUCGUCACCGCCGCAGCCGACGACAAGUCCAGGCAAAGAGCCCACCAACUGAUGACGGAAAUGAAAUCCACAAUAUCUGCUGAUGCCUUUGUCCAAGGAAUUGACCAAUUACUUCCUCUUUGGCGCUCCCACACGUGCACAUCCAGAAGGCUUCCCAUCUUUGAACAGAUCACUCCUCUCACUCUCACGGAUCAACUAUCCUGCUCAUGAUACAUAAAAAUGGUGGCCAAUGAGAAUAACAUAUUAUUUGUCUUACAGCGUACGUGUACCGUUUUCUGCACCUAUGCUGCAUGUUUAUACAUUUAUACUCCCCGUAAAUACCACUCUCUCGCAAUAAUCAAUACAUCUCAGUUAAGAAUGAAUAUAUUUGAUUUCCGUUGGGUUUCA